UUCCUGUUCCCCAUCGGAUCAGCUGACUGUGUGUGAUGGUCAGGAGACCUCUGUAGCAGCUAGCUCACGACCUGUUCAGCAAUUAUGAACAGUGAUCCAUAACACGGACUGAAUACUGAAUAUUGUUAACUAUCAACAAUUAUUUUCAUUUGAAGUAAGCCCUCCUGCACCCUCCAGUGACCUGUUCAGAAUUGUUGUCAGUCUGUAGCAGCCAUGACAGAGUUUUGGUUGAUUUCUGCUCCUGGAGAGAAGACAUGCCAGCAAACCUGGGACAAGAUGAUGGUGGCCACAACAAAGACCAAUAACAUCUCUACCAACAACAAGUUCAACAUACCAGACCUCAAGGUGGGAACGCUCGAUGUCUUAGUGGGCCUGUCUGACGAGCUGGCCAAACUGGACCAGUUUGUUGAAAGUGUGGUGAGGAAAGUGGCUCAGUACAUGGCCGAUGUGCUGGAGGACAGCCGGGACAAGGUCCAGGAGAACCUGCUUGCUAACGGAGUGGACCUGGUCACCUAUAUCACACGGUUCCAGUGGGACAUGGCUAAGUACCCCAUCAAACAGUCCUUGAAAAACAUCUCUGAAAUCAUUUCUAAGCAAGUGACCCAAAUUGACAACGACCUGAAGGCCAGGGCGUCUGCCUACAACAACCUGAAGGGGAACCUGCAGAACCUGGAGAGGAAGAACGCGGGGAGCCUCCUGACAAGAAGUCUUGCUGACAUUGUCAAGAAGGAUGACUUUGUUGUUGACUCAGAGUACCUGAUCACUAUGCUGGUGGUUGUACCAAAGACCGGUUAUGCUGACUGGCAGAAGAACUAUGAAACUCUUGCUGAGAUGGUGGUGCCCAGAUCCACCAACCUGCUUUUUGAGGACCAUGACAGCGGUCUCUUCAGUGUGACUCUCUUCAGGAAGGCCCUCGACGACUUCAAACACAAGGCCAGGGAGAACAGGUUCACAGUGAGGGACUUCCAGUACAACGAGGAGGAGCUGAAGGCCGACAAGGAGGAGAUGACUCGUCUGUCCACGGACAAGAAGAAGCAGUUUGGGCCUCUGGUUCGGUGGCUCAAAGUGAACUUCAGUGAGGCCUUCAUUGCCUGGAUCCACAUCAAGGCUCUAAGGGUGUUUGUGGAAUCUGUCCUCAGGUAUGGGUUACCGGUGAACUUCCAGGCCAUGCUUCUCCAGCCCAACAAGAAGAAUGUGAAGAAGCUGCGCGAGGUCCUGUUCGACCUGUACAAGCACCUGGACAGCAGCGCAGCGGCCAUCAUGGACUCUGCUAUGGACAUCCCUGGUCUGAACUUGAGUCAACAGGAGUACUACCCAUACGUCUACUACAAGAUAGACUGCAACCUGCUGGACUUCAAAGUCUAACAUCUCCUCCCGGUUUGCCCUGUAUUUAGGUUGAGAUGCUAUGAGUGCAAACUAACCUGUGUUUUGCUGUCUUCUUCGGCUUGUCUCGCUCCUUUACCCUGAUCACCCCGCCUUCUUCCUGAAGGGGAGGGGUCUCAUUGCCCUAAUAAGCCUUCCCCCAGCUUGUCUGGGGUACACUGCCCCCCAGUCCCGUCCGUCCCCCCCCUGCCCCCCAGAUUUGCAUGCUCAUUCCAUGUGGUGUGAAAAAGCACUGAAAGGGCUUCUUCUGCCACUCUUAACUGUGUGGUCAAAAAUCAAGUUGAUGUUUGUUGUUUUGUUCUUUUUUGUUUACUUUUUUUUUUUUAUGGCAAAGUAUUUACAGUGUGUGCUGACCUGAGGUGAAAGAAUCUAUUGAUUGGAUUUUAAUAAAGGUACAGAAGGAUUAUGGGUAUUUUCAGUCAUUCCUUCCACAUGUGUGGUGCACGUUGAUAGCUGAGUAUUUCAGUGGUCCUCAUUGUUAAUUUGUGCUGUGAGUAAUUUGGUCUUUUUCUCAUAAGUCGAAGCACAUCCGGUUUACUUGUUUUAAGGUAGUAGUCCAUUCUGAAACAAUUUGUGUAACAAAAUGUGUGUCUCAUGUUGUGUAUAUUUGAUGUCAAAAGAGAUAUAUAUAUAUAUAUGUGUGUGUAUAUGUGAACAACGUGUAUGUCGUACAUAUUCAAAUAUGAAUAAAUAAUAUAAGGACUGGUAUUUGUUUUAA